AUGGGUCCCAAGGCUCCUGUGAAGAAAGGCGGUGCCUCCAAGGCGCCGAAGGGUCUGAAGCAAGCCAAUGCUGCUGCUAAGGCUGCCCUCCGAGGCGAUAACUCGCACAAGAAGCGCAAGGUUCGCACCUCGACGACUUUCCACCGCCCUAAGACCCUCCAGCUCUCGCGCUCGCCCAAGUACCACCGCAAGUCGGUUCCCCAUGAGCCCCGUCUGGAUGAGCACAAGAUCAUCAUCCACCCGCUCAACACCGAGAGCGCCAUGAAGAAGAUUGAGGAGAACAAUACCCUCGUCUUCAUCGUCGAUCCUAAGUCCAACAAGGCCCAGAUCAAGCAGUCCCUCAAGAAGCUCUACGAUAUCGAUACCGUCAAGAUCAACACUCUUAUCCGACCUAAUGGCUCCAAGAAGGCUUACUGCCGUCUGACCGCUGACGUGGACGCCCUCGACAUUGCGGCUACCAAGCUCGCCCUUGUUUAA